GGCCGGGUCCCCAAGGGGCCGCUCUGGGCGCUGGGCACGACCUGCGAGGCGCUGGAAACUGAGGUUCCCGGCCCCGGCGCGGGGUCACCGAACGAAGCGGUUACAUUGUAACAAAAGUGCAGCGGCUGCUCAGGCCAGCACCCCAGGCCCGCCCGCCGCCAGCAGUUGGCGACAUGGAACCGGUGGCCAGCAACAUCCAGGUCCUGCUGCAGGCGGCGGAGUACCUGGAGCGGCGCGAGAGAGAAGCCGAGCAUGGCUACGCGUCCCUGUGCCCGCACCGCAGUCCGGGCCCGGUACACAGAAGGAGGAAGCGGGUCCCCGAAGCUCCUGGCGCGCUGGACAGUGGGCGGUCUGUGCACAACGAGCUGGAGAAGCGCAGGAGGGCCCAGCUGAAGCGGUGUCUGGAGCAGCUGAAGCAGCAGAUGCCACUGGGGGCUGACUGCGCCCGAUAUACCACGCUGAGCCUGCUGCGCCGUGCCAGGGUGCACAUCCAGAAGCUGGAGGAGCAGGAGCAGCGGGCCCGGCGGCUCAAGGAGAAGCUGCGCAGCAAGCAGCAGAGCCUGCGGCGGCAGUUGGAGCAGCUCCGGGGGCUGGCGGGGGCGGGCGAGUGGGAGCGGCUGCGGGCUGACAGCCUGGACUCCUCGGGCCUUUCCUCCGACCAAGAGGAGCUGGAGGUGGACGUGGAGAGCCUGGUGUUUGGAGGCGAGGCGGAGCUGUUGCGGGGCUUCAGUGCCGGCCAGGAGCAUAGCUACUCACACAGCCACUCACACGGCGCCAGCCCCUGGCUAUGACCCUCACUGCCCAGGACGGGGCUUCUGCCCUCAGACUACCCUCCGCUCACGCCGGGUUUAUCCUGGCAGGCAGGAGCCCUCCUCCCCAAGCCUCAAGGGCUGCUGGGAGUUGCCUCCUGUUGGAAUGGACAAAAAGACCCUGUGUGGGAACACGUGCUGACCCCCCUUACCCACUGCUGGCUGGCUGCCCAGACUCCUAGGAUAGGGGCCAUCCAGGCCUCCCCGAGUCCUGCAGGGUAAGUCACGGGGGCUGCCCCUCCAGGCAUUUUGUUGUAGCACUUGGCUCUGCUACCCUCAAUGUGGGGCAGGAAGCCUCGCAGCUCUCCCUGGACAAGGCCCUGCCCCCUAGCAUGGGUCUCUCACAGAUGCUGUACAGUAUUUUCAUUAAAAGCCUUUUUUGUAA